AUGGCAUUGAGCAGCAUGUCGCCGCGAGGCCCGCUCGGGCUACUUCUGACGCUGUUAACGGCCGCCGCGCUCGCUAACCAGAUCGAGGAUAUACCUCAUAAUGAAGUAAAGAACUGGGCUUUAAAAUUCGGUGUGGACUUGUGGGAGUUCGGUCGCCACUUCACAAAAAUGAAUCAGAUACAAAACAAAUACCGCGAGUACAACGUAGAGGUGGUGCGUAAGGACGGGCUGCUCCUGGUGCGUGAGCUCGCUGCUGAGGUCAAGAAUCAUAUGGACUUCAAGAUGAACGCUGUAAUGCGCAUCAUGGACUCCGCAGAGGCGGCCGCCCUAUCGCCGGGCAGCAGCACGUCCGACGGCAGUCCUGGUUCUUACUACGACUCGCGCUGGCUCAACGUGCACGCUGACGACGGUACCCUAGCAGCGAGGGCGCGCCGCCUCGCCCUGUCACCCAGCCGGCAUUUCGACCAAAUUGCCGUUAAUACCACGUAUAGUGCCGUGCUAAUGCCGCCGUAUAUCAAUACCGAGGAUCCGGAGGUGCAGAAUCAAAUAUCAUGGUCAGAGCAUUUAGAUCCAAUAUUUGUAAACAACUACGAGAUUGAUCCUACGUUGUCAUGGCAGUACUUCGCUUCGUCUACAGGUUUUAUGAGGCGAUAUCCAGCUAUGUCCUGGCCACCCGAAGACGGAUAUUCACACCACGCCCGAGAUUUUUACGACUUCAGGUCAUCUAACUGGUUCGUUGAAGCAGCCACUUCGCCCAAAGACCUGGUGAUUCUAAUGGACGACUCUGACGAUCUCGGCUCUUCAUAUCGAAGGCUCGCUAAAGCUACAGUGUCAGCGUUACUCGACACGCUUGGCCCGAACGAUUUCGUCAACGUCUACCGGUACAGCGACACGGUGUCCGAAAUCCACCCUUGUUACACCAAGAUUUUGGCUCAGGCUAUACCUGAAACGCUACGAGAGCUGAAAACAGCACUUUGGGCCGCAGAACCAGCUGGUGGAGCAGCGAACUUAACAGGCGCUCUAACGACUGCCUUUGAGAUACUACACAGGUACAACCGCACGGGACAGGGCUGUCAGUGCAACCAGGCGAUAGCGGUGAUUGGCGCUGGAGGCGGUGCGAACGGCGUGAAGGGUGUAUUCCGCGUGUGGAACUGGCCGCAUAUGCCCGUGAGGAUAUUCACGUACCGCGUCGCUGGUGAUGCCGCUGCCGGCCACAUUAUGAAGGACAUGGCUUGCACAAAUAAAGGUUUCUACGUGACCAUCAAUGAGCACGCAGAAAUCAGACAUAAAGUCUUACACUUUGUGGAGGUGCUGGCUCGGCCGCUGGUUAUGUAUCAGACGAUCCAUCCAGUCCACUGGAGUCCCGUGUACGUGGGUGGAAGGAGUAGCAGCCUAGCUGACGAUGGAAUGGGACAAUUGAUGACUUCGGUUAGCGUACCAAUCUUCGACAGGAGAAAUCAUACACAAAGAGAAGCCAAUCUACUCGGAGUAGUCGGCACUGAUGUACCUGUUGAUCAAAUAAAGAAGCUCGUACCACCAUAUAAGCUCGGAGUGAACGGUUAUUCCUUUAUGGUGGAUAACAACGGGCAUGUUUUAUACCAUCCUGAUCUGAGACCACUGCACACUAAUGAGGAGUAUACAGAGACACUUCGUCCUCUAUACUCCAGCGUUGAUCUCACCGAUGUGGAGCUUCUUGUGGAUUCCGAUGAGAACUCGCGGGUCAACCUCACCUCUUUGUUGCUAGACCUCCGUCAUGAUAUGAUAGAGCAGCGCGAGGGCGAGACUGAGAUCGGAGUGAAGGUGCAGUACGACGGCAUGCGGCGCGUGGCCACCCGCCGCCAGCGCUACUUCUACGGGCCGGUGGAGGGCACGCCCUACUCGCUCGCCGCAGUGCUGCCCGACGGCUACGGCAUGUUCGAGCUGCAGGCCGAGCAGGAGAUCAAGCACAGCCCAUUCAAUGUCACAGAAUACUUUAAAGGCGAUAACUGGAAAGUCCAUCCCGAUUGGGUGUACUGCGAAUACGCAUCCACAUCGGACCAAGUAUUCAAUACCCCUGAGGAGCAGCUGCUACACUUUUUAUCGCGCGCGGGCCGCCCCGGCUGGAAGUGGAUGUCGUUGCGACCGCGAGCCCUCACGCUGCACAACGCGCACAAGAAACAGGACCGCGACUCUUAUUACUGUGAUAAAACUCUAGUACAGUCGCUCGUUAGGGACGCUAUGGUAAUGAAAGAAUUGGACGCUCACACUGGACACGCCAGCCACCACUCCCACCCGAUAGCGACUUUAAUGGCUCUACUGACAAGGCAAGGCCGCUUCCACAAAUUCGUGGUGACGCUGUCCUUCAUCGCGACUCGCAGCGGCCUCCUCAAAUGGACCGACAACACCAAUAGCUCACGGACUACUGAGUCAGCGGAACCACAUUUUAGUGAAAAGUACGGGCGCGCUUUCGACUCUGAGUGGUACAGACGAGCAGUGGAGCAUCACGCGGUGGAGCCAGAGAGCUUCGUGUUUACGGUGCCGUUCCGUGACAUGGAAUCCGACGAACUCGCUCCGCCACCAUUGGUAAUGGCCACACACGCGGUCUUCGUCGAGUCCAGGGGUCACAGAGCGCCCGCGGCUGUCGUCGGUCUACACUUCCAACUGGACUCGCUAGUGAAACAUUUCUUGAAUGUUACUUCUACGUGCACAGCCGGUAGCGUGUGUAAGAAAACAUGCGCCGGCGACGAACUAGACUGCUACAUUCUAGAUGACAACGGCUUCAUCAUCCUAUCCGAGGACGUGUCCCAAACGGGUCGCUUCUUUGGCCAAGUUGAUGGCACCAUCAUGGAUUCUUUAGUUCAGGACCGUAUAUACAAGAAAGUCACAGUUCAUGAUCAUCAAGGCAGAUGUCCUGAUUCAAGAAAUCCAUUUAGUGGUGACGGCAAUAAAUUAACUCCUAUGAAACCAUUUUCCUGGGUAAGCAGCUACCUCUUUAAUCUUCUAGCGGUUUGGUUUCCGCUUUGGGAGACAGUUCGCGCCCGUACAAGUCGUUACACGGACGAUGAUUUAGACUAUGAAGAUUACGAAAAAGAAGAUCUAGAAUAUGAAGACGUCAGUCGAGAUCCGGGACCGUAUGAGAUAAUCGUAGAUGGGACUGGAGGAACGACGGUGGGGCGGGAGGGGGGAGAGGGGCGAGAGGGUUGGGUAAGCCGGGAGGGCCCGCCGCGGGAGGCGCCGCGGGAGGCCGCACGCUCGGCGGCCGUGCGGCCCUGCGACACCAGCGCUGAACUCUUCACGCUGCAGUCUGAUAAGCUCAACUCCGCGCAACCGUUAAAGGGGAAACUUACCAAUUGCCACAAUUCCGGUUGCGAGAGGCCGUUCAGCGUGCAGAAGGUGCCGCACAGCAACCUGAUCCUGCUGGUGGUGGACACGCUGUGCCCGUGCGGCGCCAAGCGGCUGGACGUGCGCGCGCGCGAGGCGCCGGCGCGCGCCGCCUGCCGCCGCGCGCCCGCCGCCGCCGCGCACCGCCGCCGCCCGCGACACUGCGUCUCCUACCACCCGGAGGAAAUCGAAAUCCUGUCUUGCGGGCGUGGAGCUUCGUUCCGGCCGUUGGCAUUCCUAGUUUUGCUUCUGCCCCUAUGGCUGGGACUUGCGACGUGA